AUGUCUAAAGUCUUAGUACGACCAUCAACGUUCAUUAUGGACAUUUUAAAAAUCCUUUUCUUCUUAUGUGGUGUGCUAUCCUUGAGCGGCCUUCAGCUUAAACCACAAAUAUGGAAAGUUGGCUUUCCUAAACCACCGCGAACAUUUGAACAAGCCAUAAUGGAAUAUUUUGAAUCGAAAACUAUUCGACUUAGCGUGGCCAUUCAUGUCGACUAUACACAUUGGUGGAAAAUCUUUAUAAGCUCUUACUUGGCAGAAGCUUUCAAGGAGAGGAAUUCCAUGAAAAUCGAAGUAUUUAGUGAUGGGAAAACAAGAAAGUAUCGACUUUAUGAAUACAAUUUAUGGUAUGUGGAUUCCUACAAAGCAUUUCGCGCUCUUCUGCCAGACAUUAAUAACCAAUUUGUUGAGACAAUGGGUCAAUACAUGGUGGUCAUGGAAACCGCUAAACAUUUAAACAAAAGCCAAGAGCUACAGCAAAUCGUUCAAAAGGCCUUCAGACGCAAUAUCGUCAAUAUAGCAAUAGCCAUAUACGAAGGAAAUUUUACCUUUCAUCUCUACCACUAUGGCCUUUUCCACUCACAAAAGUGUCGACAAGUUGUUCUGGAACAAUUUAAUAAAUUCCAGUAUGGACAAUUCACCAAAGGGGAUCUGUUUCCCUAUAAAUUUCACAAUUUUAAGCAAUGUCCCAUUGACUUCUAUAUGCGUGCUGCUCAGCCUUUCUUUGGUUACAGCCUAAGCAAUGAUCAUACGAAAAUCGAAAAUUUUUGGGGACUAGAGGCCAUGAUUUUAACAACUAUGGCUGAUAAGUUAAAUUUUGAAUUGCACCUGGAACAGACUGUGCAACAGGCUGUGGGCAAUGUCUUUGAGAAUGGCACACUAGUGGGUCCCUUCAAGUCGCUGCUAGAGAAAAAAUUUGACAUCCUCAUGGGCUAUUAUCAUUUUCCUGCAAGAUCCCGUUACUUUGCUGUCAGCAGAUCCUACUUCCUUACACCGACAGUGGUGGUCAUACGAAAACGUGGCCAGGACCUUGUAGAAGGCCACUGGCUAUUGGCCCCCUUUCACACAAACACUUGGUUGGUCAUCGUUGCGACUAUGGCCUUUGGCAUGGUCACAUACCAUUUGAUGUGUUCGCUGGUGAAGCCUAUUUCGAGCAUUCAGUUGACUUGGUUGGAUGUUUUUGGUUUGACCUUGGGCAGCGCCCGCAACAUACGCUCUAUUUUACUUGGUACCAACAUAGCCAUUUUUUUGUGGAAUCUCGGAUUUCUGAUUGUAUGUGCCACAUUCGGAGGCAAACUUUACGAUGCCUUCAAUAGAAAACCCUCCAUGCAGCAAAUAACCAUAGCACGGCUGAUAGCCCUUAAUUACACGUUUUUGACUAAAAACAUCUAUAGUGACGAUUUGAUGCGAGCGCUGCAAAUACCUUUACAGCAAAUCAUCUACACCGAUUUCGUUUAUGACGAUGAAGCUUUUGAGCUACUGUUGCAGGAUCCCCGCCCUGUGGCUUUAUUUGCCAACUACUGGCAAUUCCAGGCUUUUGUUGCCUUACACCGUCUCUAUGAUGAAUUCGAUAUGGUACCCCGAGUUGUGGUUCUCAAUCAAAUUUGUGCCUAUCUUCGUCCCCAGUCCUAUUUGAUAGAGCCUUAUAAUCGCAUUCUAAAAUCUCUACAAUUCGGAGGAAUUUUGCAAAAAUGGAUGAGAGAAAUAACGGGAUAUAUUGGGAGUCCGAAAGAAAUGCAGAUAGUAUCGAGGCGUAAAACGAAUCGGGAACCACAACAACUUUCCUUGGCACAAUUGCGCAUUGUGUUCUUGGGUCUGAUCAUAGCAAAUGCAUUGAAUUUUGCUGUGUUUGUGGGCGAAGUUAUGGUGAAGAGAAUCCACAAGAAAAAGUCUUAA